AUGACUACUAUCGCCCUCGCUCGACCUAUUCCACCUCAUCGUCCCUCAUCCACCAUCACUCCGCCGCUCUCGCUCGAAUCUAGCGCCAGUUCAUCUUCACCAUGCUCUAUCCCCAUCCCCAAUAAGCAUCUCCCUGCAUGCCCCACUGGACCAGCUCGCCCUGACGAGCCCGAUACCCCGCCACCAUCACCACCGUCUCGAGAUCAAUUCCAACAGACUUCGGUCCUAUAUCCCCCUGAUGACUUCGCGAGGAAGGACUCGGGUGAACUUUGUAUCUACGAGCUUGAUGCGCCCAAAGUCGCUGAGGCACUCGACGUUGCUUCACGCCAACCGUUACCCGACCCUGCUCUUGUGUUCCCGUGGUUUCAUGGCCUUCAUCCUCAGAAUCAUGUUCAGCAGACAUUCUUUUCUGCUCGACGACACACCUUGCGGCCGACUCCCUCAUGUCUCAGAUCUGUCACUCUUGUGAAAGCCGAUGGGGAUCUGAAUUGCGCACGCCUUAAGGGCGCGGUUGCUCCCAACGAAAUCCUCCAAGCCAAGAACCCUUCCGAGUUCAUCGAGGCAGAUCCUCGUGAGGGCUUUUCUGUGAGGAAUUUCCAGAUCCAGACAGUGAAGACUGCUGUGUUGUCGGACAUAAUUGUAUAUGGCUCCGAUUUGAUCAAAACCCGCAAAGUAGCAUGGCAUGUCGCGGGUGCACAGAAGCGAUGGCGAGAAAGGCACGAGAACCAGGGUGAUUUGGUGCCUGAAUAUCACACCUUUAUCUGCACAAGCCCGUUCUCAAAGUUUGAAGAGGACCAUUCUGAAAUUGUGGCUGUAGAUGGAUCUGGUCGUCUAACUGGCAACGUUCUUGAUUUCUUCAACCAAGAGAGGCGGGAGAUGUGGGCAAUGACAGAAGCAUCCGAGUUCUCCCAAAAUGUCUUUAUGGGUCCUACUCCUGAGCAGGGGAGUUGCGAAGAGCAGAAGUACGAUAUUCUAAUCGAAUGCAGCGAUCUUGGACGGCUGAACCCAUUGGCUCUCCAACUCAUCGCCGAGAGCCCUGACGAUGAUGGCAAGCAGAGAUUCCUUGAUUUCCCGUCGUCUGGUAGCAUUUUACCUCCCACGUGGUCACACUCUGAGGCAGACGGCGUUCUCGAAACUUGUAAAUGGAUAUACCAUCUUGCCCAUGGUCUGUAUCCAGAGCCUGAGCCUGGCAUGAGCACGGAUGGUGUGGACGGAGAGGGAGAUUCACCUAUGCCUUCGCAUCAUUACGCAACGUUUGACGUCAGGCCUCGCAAAAUAUUGCUCCAUUGUGCUGACGGCUACACUGAGUCAACCAUGUUGAGUAUUGCUUAUUUUAGCUACAGCACUGGGCAUCCUGUCCCCCAAGCAUGGCUUCAACUCCACACAGAUAAGAAGCGCAACUUCUUUGCCUACCCAACUGAUGUUGCGCUCUUGACAUCCAUCACCCCGCGACUGCUUCGGGAGUCCCCUGUUUGCAAAGGAUUGAGCUUGACUGACAUUACUCAUCUAACAAGAGAUGAGCCAAGUUGGUUCGCCGCUCUGGAUGGAUCAUUUCCAAGUCGAGUUCUAGAUUAUAUGUACUUGGGUAACUUGGGACAUGCCAAUAACCCGGACCUUCUGAAGGCUCUCGGGAUUACUCAGAUACUGAGCGUUGGCGAAGUAGCUAUGUGGCGUGAGGGAGACCUCGAGGAUUGGGGCAAGGAGAACGUUUGUGUGGUACAAGGGGUUCAAGACAAUGGCAUUGACCCACUGACUGAAGAGUUCGCUCGAUGUCUUGAAUUCAUCGACCGGGGCCGACGAAAUGGCACCGCAACAUUAGUUCACUGCCGUGUUGGGGUAUCUCGAAGCGCUACUAUUUGCAUUGCCGAAGUGAUGCGAACAAAGCAUAUGUCUUUUCCUCAUGCAUACUGUUAUGUCAGAGCCCGACGUCUGAACGUCAUUAUUCAACCCCAUCUUCGAUUUGCCUAUGAGCUAUUGAAGUACGAAGAAGUACUCCAGCAGGACGGCAACCCCGACGGCGAGAUCAAACGAACUCUAGAGUGGGCAGAAAUUGCGCGAGAGAUCGCACUUAUGAACCGACCAUAUUCUCGGUAG